AUGGCAGAUACAAAUGAAGAUUCAUCAAUCGAUUCUGCCGGUGCUGCAGAUGAUACAUUGGAACGUCUACGUAAUAUUACAAAAAUGUUUGCUAAACCAACUGAUGAAGAUGAACGACAAAAUUUACAAAAAGUUGAACGAGUAGCACCAAGUGACAAAAUGAAAAAUACAUUUCAAAAAUUUGAAGACAUCGCUUCAUCAAAUGGUCAAAACGAAGAAGAAGAAGAUGAAAAUGAAACAGCGGAAUCUGAUGGUAUUGUUCGAUCAUCACGAAAAAAGAAAACACCGAGAGAACAUGUUCCUUACCAUGAAAUGGCAGAAGUUAAAGAUAAAUUUGAAAAAGGUGUAGUUGAUGAGAAACCACGUGCAGAAAAACGUUUAGAUGUUCGUGUACAAAGUGGUUUAGCUUCAUCAAAAAAGCAAGCAUUUGAACAUGGUGAAUAUGAACAAGAAGUUGAAUCACAUAUAAGCAAAGUACAAAUUGAUGCUGAUCUUGUUGCUGGCUUAGCAUCAUCGAAAAAACAAGCAUUUGAACAACAUGUAACUGACAAUGAAACAAAUCAAACAAAAACAGUUCAUAUUGAUCAUGAUGUAUUAGCUGGUGCAGCAGCAGAUAAAAAAGCUAAAUUUGAAAAAGGUGAAUAUGAUCAUGAUUAUCAUGACUUAGGUUCAAAUCGUGUACAAGCUGAUGCUGAUCUUCUUGUUGGUGCAACUACAGACAAGAAGGCUAAAUUUGAAAGUGGUCAUAUGAAUGAUUCUACAACAACAUCAACACGUCGUGAUGAAGCAUUAAAUUCGGUUGAAUCAGGUAAUGCGCAAGCUAGACGUUCAGAAUUAUUAUCAAAAAUUGAUGCUGAACAACAAACACAACGCUCAGGUGAUCGUCAUAUUGAUAUUGAUACUGAACAUGGAUUAGCAACAGCACGACGUGAACAAUUAGCAUCAUUAGCUAAUACAGAAUAUAAAUCAUCAGAAAAACAUUACGAUGUUACAAGUGGUUUAGCAAGUACAAUUAAAGAACAGUAUAUGGCUGAUACAACUAAAAUAUCAACAACAAAAACAGCUCAACCUGUUACUGUUGAAAGUGGUUUAGCUAAAAGUCGUGCUACAGCAUUUGAAAAUCCCGAUGAAGCUACUAUUAAACGAACAGUUGAAAUUGAUAAUGAACUUCUUGAACGUGGUGUAGCUAAAGAACGUGUUGCUAUGUUUAAAAAUUUACAAAGUGGUACACAACCAACAGCAAGUGCUGGUGAUUCAAAAAUACGUGUUGAUGUAAGUUGAUUUCGUUUUUUUU